UGUGUUCCGGCCGGGGGUCGCAAUCAGCACAAUCACUCGCGUUUGAGCAAGACCCCCCGCUCCCACAUAUAAACAUGAGGGCAUGCCCCCGAGCGCGACCGCCCUCCCACCCCCUCCUGCUCCCAGUUUCUCCGUCUCCUACAAUCCGAUCGCGUCAUUCCCACCUGUAUCUUUCUUGAAAGACAUUGCACUGCCAUUGCGAUCCAAGCGUAUUAGCGUAUCUACUCCACGAAGAUCACCAUGCCUCCCAAGAAGACCGAAGCGAAGAGCGAGGGUGCUGCCGCCGCGACUACCAAGACGGCCACCCAUCCUCCCUACCAGGAUAUGAUUACCGAUGCUAUCAUUUCGCUCAAAGACCGCAAUGGUUCCAGCCGCCAAUCGCUCAAGAAAUAUGUGCGCGCCAACAACAACCUCGGCAAUGUUGGCGAGAAGAUGUUCGACAACCUCUUCAACCGGGCGUUGAAGGCCGGUGUUGAAAAGGGUAUCUUCGAGCAACCCAAGGGUCCCUCCGGCGGCACCAAGCUUGCCAAGAAGGCCGCGACGCCUGCUGCUCCGAAGAAGGCUGCGCCAAAGAAGGAGACGGCAGCGAAGAAGGAGGCCGCGCCCAAGAAGGAGGCGAAGGAAAAGAAGCCGGCUGCUAAGAAACCGGCGGCGAAGAAGGCCGCUCCGAAGAAGGAGACAGCCGGUAAGAAGGAGGCCGCGCCCAAGAAGGCCGAUGUGCAGAAGAAGGCGAAGAAGGCUGCUGCGCCCAAGAAGGCUCCGGCCGCACCUGCUGUUGUCGACAAGCCCACGGUCUUGACCAAGACCAAGUCUGGCCGAGUGGCGAAGACCGCCGCCAAACCUGCCGCGCCCAAGAAGGCUGCUCCAAAGAAGGCUGCUGCUCCCAAGAAGGAGAAGACACCCAAGAAGGCCGAGAAGGCUGAAGCGGCAUCGGCAUGAUGCCCUCGGCUUCUCGUUUCAUCGUGACGUCUCCCUCUUGCUCAAGUAUGAUGGUUUGCUUUGGUCUAGUUCGGCGUUCAGGCGAUAUUCA